AUGGGGGCUUUCAACAGCUGCCUCUCAAACACGCUUCGAUUGUGCUGCACGAAGAAGGUUCACCAGAUCCGCGUCGCCGGUCCAGCUCAAGCAGGGAAAACGUCCAUCAUAAAAUGGAUGAAGUAUAAGAGCUUCUUCAAGCUGGCUCCCACAGAAGGACUGGAAGUAGACCGGAUCGACUACCCAGAUACUGCACUCGUUAUGUGGGACACCAGACAGCAUUUUGAAGACAUGGUGCGACCACAUCAGCUGGACAUUCGCUGCAUCAUUUUCGUGGUGGACAGUGCAGAUCCAGGCCGUCUUCGAGUUGCCAACCGCUCACUUGACCGCUUGCUGCGGGACUUGCCCAACGCAAAUAUUCUUCUCGUCUUCGCGACAAAGCAGGACAGGCCGGGUGCUCUAUCGGUAGCGGAAAUACAACAUCAGUUACGGUUGCAUCAGCUUGUGGACAAGGAAUGCGGAGUUUUUGCCUGCAGCGCCAAGACUGGCGAAGGCAUAGAGGAGGGAAUUUCAUGGCUUAUUAGGCAGCUGAAGCAGCAAGACGGUGCACCUUGUGCAUGCGACGCCGAUCAGUCAAUUCCGUGCUUCUUGCAGCAACUUUUGCAGGCUUUGUCCAACGCUCAUUUGGUGCCAGACCACAUCUGGGCGACCAUUUUCAGGAGCAUCAGCCAGCAGCAGCUGCAAGAGUAA